AUGGCAUCAGACGACGAGGAACUGCCGCAUGUUAGCCAAAGAGUCCAAUUCAAUAGACAAGUUCGAGUUCAAAUCAUAGAUCAGGACAAGGAAUAUGGACUUGAUGUGGGUUUUUUUAGUUUCCGAAUGUGUAUUUAAACGUCAUUUUGUUAUCCUUAUAUAUUUCUUCUUGAUUUUAGUUUUUAUUUUGUAUUUUCACUUGUUUUUUCGCCAAUAUUUCAGGUUUAUGUACUACAACUUAACAAUUUAUUUUUUUUUUUCAGAAGAAUUCUGGAGUUUGGCGUUCAGAAUGUGACGAAUUGGUAAGUUUAUGAUGUCUGCUAGUUGGUUUGGGUAUUCAAAAUGCUGCUUUUACAUUUUUUAUUUUUGAUUGUUGGCUGAAUUUUGCAUAAUAAUAUCCAUAUUAUGUUAAAUUUAGGUAACAACGAUGUUUUUAUUGACACUAUUUGGUUUAUGUUUAAUGCCGUUGUAUAUUGAAUAACUAGAUUUAUUAUACAGCCAGUAAUUGUGUUUUAAAAUUACAUUAUACACAGAAACUUGCAGAUUCAUAUUUUACGAGAAGUACCUGACGAUGAUGAUGCGUUGUCACAAAUUUAUGAUGCAAUUCAAUUAUUCAAAGGAGGCCAUGGUGGAUUAGAAGGAGUUUACGAAAACUACACAGCAUUACUGAUAGCUAAUGUCAAGCUUCGUCGGAAUCCAGAGCUUUUACCUAACCGUGACAAUGCCAUUUACUACGUUGAAAGAGUGAAACACGAUUGUUACUUGCUUCAACGGAAACUUUGGUAAGUUUUUAAGUUUUUGCUUGUUUUCAUCACUGAUUUUUACAUUUUUAUUAAUGUUUUACUGUAUAUUCUUUUUGAUUUUACUUCUUCCUCCAUUCUGUCCUUUUAGUUCACCAAAACUCAUUUUGGAAUAUGUGUUAGAUGAGAAAGAGUUUGGUAAUACUUUAUGGUCAGAUCACAUUCUCCCAGUCAAUUCACGUUUGUCUCAGUUCAACUACGAAACGUAUGGUCGUUUGGUCAAAGCUAUGGAUGGUAAGGUCCCUAUAACAUGAUAUUUUUAAAUAACUUUUGGAAUCUAAAAGUUGCAACAUGAAAGUUAUAACAGGUAAAACGUUCCAGAUUUAUCGGAAAGAAGAAAAAGUGAAAGUUUUGGGAGAGUGAUUAUUUUACAUGGACCUACUGGAUCAGGGAAAACGUUCAUGAAGAAACUACUAGAAGAAAACGAAACUGUUAUGUACUACAAUGUCAGCGAAGUCAACCAGGCUCUGGAGUUUAUCGGAGAAAACAAAGAUUUGGAUUAUGUUGUCUUUAUUGAUGACGUAAGGUUUGACACAUUUAUUUUGUGUUUGAAACUAUAAUAUAAUAGCAUUUUUUAGUUUUUUUAGAUUGGCACAUAUGGGUCAUACUGUGCAUACCUUUAUUUAAUUUUUAUUAAGAUUUUGAGAUGACUGUUAACAAAUAACUUAUUGUAGGUUGAUCGUUUUGAAGAAUAUGGUGAUGAAUCCACGUUUUUCUACAAAUUACGACGUUUGAUGCCAAGGCUAAAGACUACGGUGAUUCUUACAGUAUCAGCGUGGGAUAAAGCCAAUCGACUGAAGCGGGUAUUACCAGCUGUUAUUGUACCCAUCAAUUGCUUGGAAUCAAAGUUUAAAGAUAACUUUCAAGUAAGUUUUAUAUUCUAUGUGUACAACAGUUAAAACAGAGUCCGGGAGAGGAUCAAGGUUUGGCCAGACAAUUUUUAAAGUUUUAAAUUAUUGCUAAAGACAAUGCAAUCUUUUUUAAGAAUGCUUACUGUAAUUAGCAAAAAAAGGCUAAAAGAAGAUUUCUAGGGUUGGUGCACAGCCAUGUUCUUCGACUACUUUAAGUACUCUUCAGUCCACCAGUGUUUGUUAAACAGCUACUUUGACUAUUCUCAAUUCAUGAAUCAAUUACAAUAUGAAUUCUGUCACUUACCCACAUCCGUGAAAAACGAAGAGUUUGCAGUACAUAAUAUUACCAAAUUGAAUGCUGAAGGACCAAGGCAGUCAGGAUUGAUGGAAUUUGAAGACGAAAAACCUGCCCAUCUGAUAUAUAGUGUCACUGAAUUGGCUCGAAUCAACUCAAAAUUGGGAAAGUGCGGGUUUUUGAAGGUGAAAAAACCAUUGGGGAUCACUGUAAGAGAUUCUUACGUUAAUUAUGGAGCAGAACAUGAGGACGAUGAUGAGGAAUAUAAAUGUUUUGUAAACGACUUCAAUUUUGCUGUAAAUGAAGCAUUGUUGGAUGCUGUAAAAGGAAAAAAGAAGACAAAGGGAGAAGAUGGAGGGCGAAGCGAAGUGGAUGAAGGACUUUUAGAUUGUCAAAAUGAGACUACUGUAACACUCUCAAAAGACGAUGAGGUAAAUUUAAGGUCAUCAUGCUAUUUUUAAACUUAAGUGUAUCUAGUGUACUGUUUUUAACUAGAUGAUAAAUAAGUCCAUGUUAACUACAUAAAACUUAAUCUUUAGAUUCCCGUACCACCUUCAAAACCUCCAAUUAUACCGUACAAUUCAGCUCCGGCGAUGCUUUACCGUCUUGACUCUGAAAUGACUUCGCGUUGGACAAACGAUCCUCACGCUUACAGAGCUUACAGUGGAAUAGUGUACGACGUAAAACCUCUUGCUAUUAGAACGGCUGGUAAUUAUUUUAUGAAAGAAGUAGAGUUCCUGGAUCGCAUGUCAGUGUAUUCUGCCAUCGACGAUGACUUCACAGAUUAUGUGACCAAGAUCUGUAGAAGGGAUGAUUAUCACAAGAAGGUCAUCAACCCGGUUAUUGUAGGUUUUUGCAUCGUUUUUAUAAGGUUAUUAUAGGUUUUUCAAACUUUUUGUUAAUGGGAUCAUAACGUGAAAGUAGGAAUCAAAACUAGACAAUAAAAUAUGUUGUCCACGUGUAAAGAGACUAAACUAACUUUUCAGAUAAAAAACCGCCAUGGUCUUGUAGAUCUGUUUGGGGAUCGCUUCAACAUGGAGCAGGUGCAAUUGCUACGAGAAAUGAGAAUCAAAGGUGCUCAAGUCCAUCAGUCACCAGUAGCAGAGCCAGAUAUAACAACAUCCUUUCGUCACAGCUACAGAGAACUUAUAUAUGACGAAGCCGAACUUCAGCAUCGAAUGAACAGAAAAAGAAGCGUCAGUCAAUUUGCUCAUGAUGUCUUUGAAGACGAACUCGAGCCGCCAUUAAAGAAAGUGCAUAUUGUGGAUGACAUUGAUGAUUUACUCUUAGCACGAACAGAUUAUGAUUAUAAUAAUAUAUCUGUGACAUACGGUGACAAUAAUAAUGAGACUGUGACAUUAUACAAUGGUGAUGAAGUUACUGUGACAUUAUGCAAUGGUGGUGGACUGGAUAAUAUGGAAGGAGAGGAAAUCGUAGUGGAUUGA